AUGGAAGGCUACAUGAACCAAACUGACACCAACUUAGCCAAGAUCGAAUCAACUAUGGAAGCCAUGAUGGCCACUAGUUACUUCAACUCAGCGUCACUGACGGCAUAUUUACUCAUUAAAAAUAUGCGAGUUAUGCAAGACAUGCUAUUCGACACGCUCACAGACGUCUAUAAAGGACAUAUGGACGUGCACUUACUUACUCCAGUAAACCUGAUUGACCAACUUAAUGACAUUUCUGGAAAAUUGCCGAAAUCAUUAACCUUACCUGUGGAAAACAUAAGAGAAGACAUCAAAACAGUCUACAAACUACUGUACGCAAAAGCAAGAGUUACUUCAGAUUACUUUUUGUUUGAAGUUCACAUUCCACUCACUUCAGACGAAGAUUUCCUCAUCUACAAGAUGAUUCCACUGCCUGUCAAGACUGAAAAUGGUACAACAAUUAUAAACUUGCAAUCUCAAUACAUUGCUGUCAACUUCCACAAGAACACCUACAUAUCUGUUACAGAAACUGAUUUGAAGUUUUGUACUCAAGUCAAAACAGAUAAUUACUUAUGUUAUAAAAAUGUGCCUAUUUUCAACUUGCAUAACUACAAUGCUCCGUGCGAGGCUAAGUUAUUGAGUCACAGCUCGGGGACAACUUGUGACGUCAGGCCAGCGUCGUGCAAUGACGCCUGGAUCGAAUUACACGAACCGAACAGCUGGCUGGCCGUUUGCUGCGAGGCUUGCACUUUGCGCACGGUUUGCAACUUUGACGUGACGUCGCACUCUAUGACGUCAUCUGGAAUAGUAAACCUAGCGCAAGGAUGUGUACUACAAUCCAAGGACUUCACUAUUCACUCGCACAAUGAAUACAACAGCAAAAUUAUUAACAUCGACCACUACUCCGAAAUCCCAACUCUCAACUCUACGGCAAACAACAUUAUCCAAUUAACUCGCCAUAAUGUGUCAUGGAAAGUACUCCGAGAAACACAUGAUACUGAACUUCAAGAAAUUGACGAGCGACUACAUUCCCUGCACGAAAACGAAGUUUUACCCACAACCAUUUCGAAUCACGACAUUCAUCAAUACACCAUAUGCUAUGCACUCCUCAGUGCAGCAAUAAUUGGAAUGAGUGUAUGGAUUACCAGAAAACUUGUCAACUAUUACCGUAUCAAGCACAACGGCAUAACAACUCAUACAAAUGAAGCAUUUGAACUGGAAGAAAUGAAGACACACUACGGGGUGGGUCAAGAACACACAGCCCCAGCCCAGCCGCCGGCGCCGCGCCCCCGCGAGUCCCGGCCUCCAACGCCUGCUACUGCGGCACCAAAGAAGAACCACGUUACUUUUAGUUUUGACGAUUAG